UGUAUGUACAAAUAUAUAAAGGUAUGUACGCAUGCAUGUGCAAGCGCCGAGUAUUUUUCUACGAAUGUACGAGUGUGUGCGUAUUUGGUGAGCGAUCGUUUAUGGCUGACUGGCUGGCCGUAUGCUUAUCCGCAUGCCCUCUCUUUCUGCUCCUUGUUUUUGCUAUUGCUAUUAUGGGUUCUUCUCUGUGCGACUUGGGAUCGACUGCUGCUUCGGUUUGAAGCGUGAUUUGUUGUUAUUACAAUGACGAUUGUCGCGCUCAGCCCUAAUAUUCAGUGUAUUAAACGAAUGCGCCUGAUGUUAUUGUAGUUGUAAUUCUCAUAUAUCGCAAACAUUUGGUUAGCAUUGCUGUUGUAUUUAUUGUAGUCGACGCGCUGAUUUUGGCUUUGACGUUGUCGUAGCCGUAGCCGCAGCCGCAGCCGCAGCCUCGGCUUGGGCUCGGGUGGAUGGUUGGUUUAUUAGUGUUUUGACUGGAUUUUAUUAGUUGGUUUUUAAACUUGGUCGUGAGAGGGUAGUGAAAAGUGAAAAUCGGACAAUAUAAACAGAACAGUUGGAACGCAUAAAGAAAGCAGCAACCCAGCAAAUAAGAAAGCAUUGAACUGCGCAGCGUGAAAAGUGAGUGAAUGAGGAAGAAUUUGUGAGACAGACGUUGAAGUGGAGUGGGGUAACAAUUGAAAGUGCGUAGACAAUUACUUGGAGUGGUCCAAAAAAAAAAGUUAACUGAGUUUAUAAGAAAAAAACUUAAACUGUUGAACAGUGCACUACACUUGUGCGCCAACUUACAAAAAGUGAAAUAUUUCGUGAAAAACUUUGUGAAUGGAUGCGCUAAGAGCUAGCAUCGCUUUUGCUAAUCCACUGGACGCAUACUCAGCUAACAGCGCUACAAAUACAAGAACGCCCAAAAAGUUGAACACUUCGGAAUCCUCAUUGCGAUCGUCGCCAGGUUCCUCACCAAGUACUUCACCGAAAGCUGUGGCUACAGCAGCAAACAUUGCGCCGCCUUCGCCUGCACACUCUUCAGGCGCUUCGUCGUGCUCUUCGCGGUCCAGACUGCGCGUAGCAACCCCCGACUCGGAUACGCCUGGCGCUGGUGCUGGUGGUGGUGAAAUGAGUGUGAGUGGUGGAAGUCAACUUGGCGCAGCGUUGGAUAUGAAGACGAAGGGCUCAGCAGUUACCUCUGUGGCUGCCGUCACCGCCGCCGCCGCCGUUAAGCUAUUGCAUGCGGGGGCGCCAACUUCUCAGAUGCAGUCGCAGAAAAUCAAAAAAUGUGCGUUUAAUAAACAAAAUAAACCUUUUACUGAAAUUGUAGAUGUAAAUAUAAAAUUUUCGAAAAUUACUCGAGGCACAGCACGAGCUGUCGAUGCUGCCGAAAACAAUAACAACAACCAUGAUAAAAAUAAUAGCAAUUUGACGGCAAUUGUUGAUAGUAACUUUGUGGAGCAAAAUCUUUUGUCAACAACGACGAUGUCUGCCCCGAAGUUACUACGAAGUUGUCGCAGCAAAAGUAGUCCUAGACUGCAGCAACUCUAUCAACAACAACAACAGCUGCAACGACAACAAAAAUCUAUGUCAUUGCAGCGGCAACAACAACUAGAAAAACAUACCAAAUGUUACGUACAGAAACCGAAAAACCAAAAGUAUUUCAAAAAGAAAUUUAGACUUGAACAAGAACGCCAAUUUGCUGAAGCUGAACAGCUACAACAACAGCAACAGCAACUUUAUUCGUCGACAAAAGAAAAUUUUUUACUUACCCUCGAUUUACUUGCAGUGGUUCGCCGUAAUGCCUCCGACAAGUUGCGCCUCAUCCAAAUGGUUCAUGACAAUCCGAUACUUUGGGAUUCGCGUCUGCCCAAUUUUAAGGGCGCCGAAGAAGAGAAGAAUCGCGCUUGGGAAAUGAUUGGCAAGGAGUUCAAUGCGCCGGGGCGGCGAGUGGCGCGCGCCUUUAAAUCUCUGCGUGAAUCGUAUCGACGCGAGUUGGCGCAUGUCAAAUUAAUGGGCAACGGUUUUAAGCCAAAAUGGAGUCUCUAUGAAGCAAUGGAUUUCUUGCGCGAUGUCAUCAGAGAGAGAAAAGGCGGUUCGCACGCAGCUGAACAGGCGGCCAUUGGCCUUAAUUUGAGCGCAUUCUCGCAGCACUUAAAUAAUAAUAACAACAACAAAUCGGCACUGAAACUCAACGCAUUGCACUCGUCUUUCAACGAGAGUGCACUGAAUUUGUCGAAAUGCGCACCGGGCCUGAAUAUGAGCCAUGAAGACUACUAUUACUAUGUGAAAUCGGAAAUGGAUCUGUCAGCAGCGCAUGCGGGUAGCAACGGCAUUGGUGGUGGUGGCAAUGUAGCUGUGCCCAUACAUCCACUGCCGGCGCAUCAAACACAGCAACAGCAGCAACAACAAUCACACAGCGCUGCGCAUGACAGCCGCGUUUCGUCCACGCGCAAUGACAGCACCACGCAGCACAGCAACACUUUCGACGAUCUUGACGCAUCAUCGGUACGCAGCGGCGACGAAGCCUCCAUGCGUAAUGCGGACAUGAGCAAUCAGGGUUCCGACGAGGUGGAGGAGCUGGAAGCCAUAGAUGCCGAUUUUCCCUAUCCCCUCAUACUCGACGCCAAUUCCCCGCGUUCCAUGAGCGCAGCAGGCGGCAAUGGCAACAUUGGUGGCAAUGCUGUUGGUUGCAGUGGCGCUUUGAAACGUAAACGACGUGACCUCAACGGUGACGGCAUGGACGAUGGUGCUGCGGAUGACGAGGAUGACUACGAGGGCCAGAUGAUGCAACAGCAUCGUCAUUUGCGCCAACAAAAUGGCGGUAUGGGCGGCGGUGGUGGCGGUGGCAUGAAUGGCUGUAUGCUGGAUAUGCCGCCACCGCAGACGGUGCGUGAGGUGUUGAACUCCAAAUUUUGCGGCUUCAUUUCGGCGAAACUCAAUAGCAUGGAAGACACGGAGGCGGAUAAUUUAAUGAACAAAAUACUCAUGUUGUUGGUGCAGACGCAAACGAGCGAAGUCAAAUAGGCGCUGGAGUGUGAUACAAGUAUUGGGUAGCAGCGUGUAGCAAAUGCGAUGCCAACUGCUUUCCAUAAAUGUAUGUGUGUGUGAGUAUGCAGUUACUUUUACGGGAAACGUGGUGUCAGACAUUUCUAUAAGAUAUUUUUUCAAACAAGUAUUGAAAUUAUUCAAAAGCCAUAUUUUUUAGUUUUAUAUAUAAAAGUUAGCUCUCACAUACAAGUAUAUUCUACUUUGCUGGAUGUGGUUUUUUUGUAAAAAUGUUGUAUAUUAUUUAAUAAUGCUUCUAGGUUUAAGUUUAUCCCGUUAUUAGCACAUUAGCUCUCUAAUUAAAUGCUCAAAAUGAAGAAAUUAAAAGCGAUCGACAUGCCUAACUUCGUCAGUGGGUUGAAAUACAAUUUGCUCAAAAUGAAAUUUGUGUUUAUUAUUUUAUUCAAAUAAAUAAACUAUAUUAAAUAAUAAUAAUAUGCUUAAGUUUAUUAUAAUUUGUUCGAAACACUAAAGCAAUUUCAAACUUAUAUCGAAAUAUUAGUUAAAGGUCUGAAUAAAUAAAAUAUUAAAUUUUCAGUUCGUCUUCUUAUUAUUUAUUUAUUUUUAGAGAAAUAGGAAUAUUUUAUAAUUUUUUAAUAUUUUACUUCUAUUUUGAGUUCGGUUCGAUUACUAAUUCUCAAAAUCUACCUGAUCAAAUGGUAAUUGACAAAUAAAUAAAUUUCGAUUUUCAAACACUUUUGUAAACAUCAUCGAUUUCAUUAUGAUCUUUACUGAAAAAAUUAUGGUUCCUACCCCCUUUAUCCGCAAAGAAGUCGAAAAAUAAAACAAAAUAGCAGAUUUCAUAAAUUAUUUAUUGUUAAAUAAAGCAACUAUUGUAAGAAGCGAUCAAAAAUAUAGUUUUAAAUUAAAACUGUAUCUGAAUUUCAGUUCUUAUUCUAGAUAUUUUAAAACUCAAUGUCACACAAAUUGUUUUCUUGAAAUGAUAUUAAGACAAUAAUUUUUAUCAAUUAGUUACUCAUUGUUUAUUUAAAGAUUUUAAUAUAAAUUUCUUGGACUCAUUUAAAUUUCGUUUUCGAUAAUUUUUACUUUUUCAAUUGGUAAUAUUUUUUUUAAUUCACGGGCGAAAUAGCGUACGGAGAACAAUUAUAGAAAAAAUUAUUUCUGAACAAUAAGAAAAUGUGGACAAAAUACUAAAAAAGUAAAUUAUAAAACACAUAACGAAACAGUAAUAUUAAAACAAAAACCAACUUAAAACAAUAAAAUUUUAAAAAUUUAAUGCUUUAAAUUUUCAGAAAAAAUUAUAGUAGCUACAGUUUAAAACAAAAAUCUGAAUUAUUAAAACUGAAAUACAAUUUAGUUUAAUAAAAAGUAAUUAUGAAAAAUUAACAAAUUUAAACAACAACAAUAAAAAUGCUGUUUACAAAAAUUAAUAAUUUGAAGUUGAGGUAAACAUUUAUAGUAAUUAUUUUUUCGAAUAAGUCAUUAAAUCUGAAGCAUUUAUUUUUGUCAAAAAUUAUAUUUAUUAUCAUAACAAAUGUGUAUAAAUAAUUUUGCAGAUUAACGAAAUUGCAAGUUAUACAAGUUUGAAUAUUUUUAUAAUCAAGAGAUUUUCGAAAUACCAAAAAGAAACUUAAAAGCAUUUUUUAACUCAUCAAUUUACAAAAUAUUACAAAAAAACCCAUAUUCCUAUACGAAAAGUUAUAUAAUUUACAAAAGUAAAAUAUAAAAGUAAAGAAUAAAUGAAACAAAAUUAUUAAAAUAUGAUAUACAAACAUGUAGCUUCAUAAUUCUAAGUUCCAAUAACGUAACAAAAGCUAUCUUUCAGAGAAUGUUCAUAGCAUCUUAAAACAAUAGAAUGCUGAAAAUAUCAACUAAGUGUUUGAAAAGUAGAAAAGUUUAAAGUAUUAGUUAUAAUGCUUAAUUUUCUAAUUAAAAAAAUAAAAAUCCUGUUAAUAUUACGGUUGUAUUGAGCUUGCCAUAUAUAAUAUUUACAUAGUUUAUUUAUAAAAAAAUCGUACACAAAUUUACUUUGACUGUACUUUGAAACAGCGCUUGCGCCAAAGAGAGACUUCAGAAAAUGUGAACUGCAAUUCAAUGUUGCACUGUUUUCUACAAAAAUUGAGGUUUUGUAUGCUCUAAUGCCAAAAACUUGCCAUACCAAAUUGAACAACAAA